GCUUGUACGUAAGGAAGGAACAAGAAGAAGAAGAAGCAGCCUCUCUCCAAGAUGGCGGCGACCAUAGACAACAGCAAUGCCGUACAGGCGACAAAGAAGAAGCACCUCGGGAUCCCCGAAGCUGUGUUUGUGGAGGAUGUCGACUCGUAUAUGAAGCAGCCGGGCAACGAGACGGCAGACUCGGCACUGAGGAAGCUGGACGAACAGUACCAGAAGUAUAAAUACAUGGAGCUGAACCUGUCGCAGAAGAAGCUCAGGUUGAAAAAUCAGAUUCCACAAAUCAAACAGACGCUAGAAAUCCUACGACACAUGCAGAAGAAGAAGGAGACCACAGACCCCAUGGAUACAUUCUUCCUCCUGGCUAACAAUGUUUACUGUAAGGCCUCAGUGCCCCCCACCGACAAAGUCUGCCUAUGGUUAGGGGCUAACGUCAUGUUAGAGUACGACAUCGACGAAGCCCAGGCUCUCCUAGAGAAGAAUCUAUCCACGGCGUCUCGCAACCUGGAGACACUCGAGGAUGACCUGGACUUCCUGCGAGACCAGUUCACUACCACUGAAGUCAACAUGGCGCGAGUCUACAACUGGGACGUGAAGAGAAGGAGCAAAGAAAACCUCCUCAAAUCAGCAGACAAGUCUUAAUAGCAACCUAACAACAUCUCCACCCCCUUUCUGCUAACGAUGUUCUUAGUCAAUAACAAACAACCCCCUGAAGUCAUGUCUGUGUUCACCCAGAGCUCCCUCCACUGUUUUCUGUUGAUUUGUUACUUUUUAAAGUAUUUUUUCAAGUAAAAACGAACAAAAAACAAAGGCAAAGAGGCAACUUUUGUAUUCUUUUUAAUGCUUUCAGUUUGUUCCUGUUAUCUUCGGCAGAAUGAGAGUGAGGGUCGCCUUCUCUUCCUGCCUUUUUCCUCCUUCUUCUUCACUUGUUGGACUUUUCACUUGAGUUGAGGCACACCUAGUUGCUGUUGUUUAGAAUCAGGCUCGUAAGAAGAAACCCACAGAAGACGAUUACAGACCAGUUUUUGCUCACUGCAGGACUUUACGGAGUUCAGAGGGAUCACUGUAGUCCUCCUCUUCCACUUCCUCAGUCAUUUCAUCUCUCCGCACUCGACCAUCUCUUCCUCUCUGUUCUCUGCUCCUCUUCCACCAGCUGUUCUGUCUUUAUUUAUUUGACUCUCACUGUAUUCAUUAUAAACAUGAAUGAAGUAAAAGAAGAACAUUUGGGCAAAGAGAAACCUGGAUCUGCUGUUCAUUGUUUCUUCUUUUCCUCAUUAAAACUCGUCACAGAUGCA